GUGUGUGUGUGUGUGUGUGUGUGUACAGCAUGUAGCACUGUAGCUUGCUGUAGCUUCAGGUGAAUGUACGGCGUGUAUUUUUCUCGAGGACCAAGAGAAUAAGAACGAUGAGUAUCUGCGAAUCUGUGAGUGAACUCUUUGCAGAGUCUGGUGAUAAAGACAAUAUUUUUACGAUUGCAGUCACUGUGGACACAGGUUUCGAGUGGGAAGCGAUCGAUGAGUGCAAGGAGAAAUUGAGCAAAGAUGUUCGGGUGGUCAAGCAACGCGGAAGAAUCUACUUCAACAUUGACUGGGACGAGUUUCCAAAAGUUCAACAAAUGAGAUCGAUAGAUCAUAUAUUUAUAGUAGCUGAUAAUGGAACCUUGUCGUUUGCCAAGGACCACAGAGACAAAGAAUCAGAUUUACUAUGUAUAAGGAACUAUAAUUCAAAUGUACUCUCUAACUCAGAUGAUAGAUGGAAAAAAACUCUUAAAGCAUGGAAAUGUGCAACAGAUUUUAAAGGAAAACUUUAUCCAACAAUUGAAGAAUAUACUGCAGCUAAAGAACAAGAUCUAAUAGUCAAAGCGGAAAUGCUAAAGAUACGUAACAAAGAGCAAGAAGAAAAAGACCCUCUUGACUGGAAUGUAUCAGAGAUGAAAGAAGAAAAAGGGAAAAAAAGAGGGCAAGAUCCUUCGAAAUCUGAGGAAAAUGAUGUACUGAAAUACAGAGUAACAUGCGAGAGAAGCGGCAAACAUACAGUUGAAUCCACGGAUGUCGCUAGAGUUAUCGGAGAGGUAUUACAAGACAAGUUUCAUUGGCUGGUUGACUUAUCCAUGUAUCAUCUAGAAAUUGUCUGCAAACUGAUAGAUGAACAACUAAUAACACAUUUACGUGUGACGCACAAAUCUAAGCAUAACAGAAACAUCAUAAAUUUUGGACCAACAACUCUUAGAUCAACUAUAUGUUAUAAUUUACUAAAAUUGGCGAACCCUAAACCAGGAGAUAUAAUAGUAGAUCCUAUGUGUGGAGGAGGUUCUAUUCCUAUAGAGGCAACACUUGCUUAUCCAGACACAUACGUCUUAUGCGGCGACAAUGAUUCCAGAGCUACAGAUAGAACAAAGUCAAAUAUGAAUGCUUCGACAGUUGGGUGUAAAAUAGAUCUCGUACAGUGGACUGCUUCAAAAUUGCCAUUCAAAGAUUCUUUUAUUGAUGUUAUUGUUACUGAUAUGCCUUUUGGUAAAAGAAGCGGAAAUAAGUCAUACAAUAAGUUCUUUUACAAGGAUUUUUUGCUAGAACUUGGUCGGAUGGUAAAAAUAAACGGACGAAUAAUUCUACUCACUUAUGAUAGAUGUAACUUUAAAGAUGCUUUAAUGGCAGCUGGCGAUUUGUUCUGGGUGAUGAAGAUAAUUGGUGUAAACGUAGGAGGCCUUCCAGCUGCAGUUUAUGUUUUAAAUCGCACUCAAGUAUCUCUCAAUUCUUUCAAACCGCGUCUGGCCAAGCCAUAUGGAAAGUAUAGUUAUUCGAAAAAUGAUAAAAAUUCAUCUGCUCACUUAGACCAAUUAGAUAUGCCCUUUUCAUAAGUGUUAUGAUAUAAAUUUAUAUUUUUGUACGAAGAAGUUAAUAAAGUUUAUUUAUAUGUUUGGCAUAUAAUCAUAUAA